UCAUUAGGAAGCUGAUGGCUUUGGCCUUUCUUCCAGCGGCACACAUCAGACCGGUCUUCCGUCAGCUGAAGAUGAGGGCGUCGUCACAGAAGCUGGUUGAUCUCUGUGACUACAUGGAGCGACAGUGGAUGAGUCACUCCAUCUUCACAGUGGUCAGUUGGUGUGUAUUCAACCAGUCAGUCCGCACCAACAACAAUGUUGAAGGUUGGCAUCGCCGGAUGAAUUUGCGGACAUCUGAUCAACAACUGGGACUGUACAAGCUGAUUCCAGCUCUCCAUAAACAAGCAAGUCUCCUGUCACUCCACGCCCAGCUCCUCCAUUAUGGAAAACUCACAAGAUUUGUGAAGAAGUCGGCGUCUGCUGACCAGGCUGAAAUCUUUGCUGCUUGGCGGCUGUACAAAGAGGGACAGCUCAGCCCAACUGGGCUACUGACAAUGUGUUCCAGAGUGUAUGCCCCAAGUGUGUUUGAAUGAACGAAUGAACAGUGUGUCAAUUAUGAAGUUGUGUGAAUUAUGAACAAAUGAAGUUGUGUAAAUU